AUGAGCAGCGCCAACGGGCAGACGAUCACCGUGUGCGGCAACGUCUUCCGCCUAGUAGAGACGAUCGGACGCGGCUCCUAUGGCACCGUGCACAAGGCCAUUAAUCUGUCCUCCGGCGCGGCCGUAGCGGUCAAGAUGAUCGGCAAGGACAAGCUGAGGCGGCCGCACGAGCGCCAGAGCAUCGAGAAGGAGAUCGAGACCAUGCGCGUGGCCGUGGAGCAGUUCGAGAACGGCCACCCGCACAUUGUGCGCCUGCUGUGCACGAAGGAGUCGCAGCACCACAUUUUCAUUGUGCAGGAGUAUUGUGCUGGAGGGGACAUCGCCCAGCUGAUGAAGGCCAACAACGGGCUCAAGGAGGAGCAGGCGCGGCUGUAUUUGUCGCAGUUGGCGUCUGGGCUGCAGUUCCUUCGAUCGCAGAAUGUGGUGCAUCGGGAUCUGAAGCCGGCGAACUUGCUGCUUUCGUCGCGGAACUUGGCGACCGCGAAGCUGAAAAUUGCGGACUUUGGGUUUGCGCGCGAGUUGGGCUCGGAGAUGAUGGCCGAGAGCGUUGUGGGGUCUCCGCUGUACAUGGCUCCGGAGCUGCUGGAGUACAAGAGCUACGACGCCAAGGCGGAUCUGUGGUCGGUUGGCAUUAUCCUGUACGAGAUGCUGGUGAACGAGCACCCGUUCCUUGUCGUGGACAAAUGCCACGCGACCAACCACCUGGCUCUGCGUCGCAACAUCUAUCGGUACUUUGAGCGCUACGGCCACGUCCGACUUCCGAAGAAGGUGCAGGUGUCUCCUGAGUGCGAGCAACUCGUGGAGGCGCUGCUCCGGGUGGACCCACGCAAGCGAAUCUCGUUUGAAGAUUUCUUCCGUGCGCCGUUUUUGCUACCGCCGGCUCCGUCAGACGCCGAGGCUGAGAGUGCUGCUGGCUUGGACAAUUCGGAGGACAAGCAGCCACUUGUUGCUGAAAAGCAGCCUGAAUAUGGUACGCUGUAA